UGGUAGCAGUGGGUAGAAGAUUAAGAUCACUUCAAUUGUCAGAUAAAUGUUUUUGAUUUGACUGCUGAAACCGAAACCUAAAUUAUUAAUACUGUUGAAAUGGCCUCAGCCUUGGAACUGUUUGUAAACACGGUGAGGAACUCGUCUGCAGAGGGAAGUUAUAGAGAUCUUUGCGAUUACUUGAACAAAUCAAGUGAAUUGCUUCUGAAGAAUGCUACACAUUUGGACAAUGUCUUAGAAACACUUGAUAUCCAACAGCACUCCUUAGCAAUACUUGCAAUAUUAUGUGCAAAAUUUAAUGUGCCAGCUGCCGCUGCACAAAGCAACAGAUAUGCUCAAGCUCAAGAAUUUAUUUUAGGAUGCAAUGGAGAACACAUCAGACUGGCCCCAGAUAUGUUUGCUGAAUUAUGUCAUUCAAUCACACUGUACUUACUGGAACAAAAGCAAGCCAUCCGGGGCAUUAUGCUUUUGAAAAAAGCUAUUAGUAAACUGCAAUAUUAUGACACUCAACUUACAUCAAUUCAUGCAGAUUUUUGCCAAUUGAGUUUGGUAGCAAAAUGCUUUAAGGAGACAUUGAAAGUUCUUGAUAUUGAUAUCACUGGUAUGUGUCAGGAGAACACUCAAAAUGGCCCAUUUGAUGCAAAAUAUUACCUACUCUACUACUACUAUGGUGGCAUGAUAUAUUUAGCUGUUAGAAAUUUGGAGAGGGCUCUAUACUUCUUUGAAGUAUGUAUCACAACACCUGCAUUAGCAGUUUCUCAUAUCAUGAUGGAAGCAUACAGAAAAUAUAUUCUGGUAUCUCUACUUUCCUAUGGGAAAGUUCAAAUGAUUCCAAAAUACACAGCACAAGUUGUUACAAGAUUCAUUAAACCUAUAUCGCAGCCAUACCAUGAUUUGGCUAAUGCCUAUGCAUCUAAUAAAAGUGUAGAAUUAAGUGCAGUUGUUGCCAAAAACGCAGAAGUAUAUACAAGGGAUCGUAAUAUGGGACUUGUAAAUCAAGUGGUUGCAAUGAUGCAUAAAAAGAAUAUCCAGAGGUUAACAAAAACUUUCUUAACAUUGAGCCUUGGGGAUGUGGCUAGUCGUGUUGGUUUGGAAAGCCCAAGUGAUGCUGAGAUUAUUAUCUUACAUAUGAUAGAAGAUGGACAGAUAUAUGCAACUAUAAAUCAGAAAGAUGGAAUGGUUGUUUUCAGGGAUGAGCCUGAAAAGUAUAAGAAGUACAUGAAGCUUGAGGCUCAGCUGAUUUCAUGCAUGGAACUGGAUCGCCAAAUUUUGGCUAUGGAUGAGGAAAUUCAAGUUAAUCCUCAAUAUGUGAAGAAAGUUGCUGGGUUGCAGGAUGAUGAACAAUCUAGUAAAAAUACUUAUGCUAUGUAAAUUUAUUAUCUUUUUCUUAUUGUGUUUCUUUUUAAUAAAUAAAUAUAUAACUUAA